UGGUGCUGAGGAUCGAACCCAGGCCGCACGCAUACCAGGCGAGCGCGCUACCACUUGAGCCACAUCCCCAGCCCUGACGUCAAUUUUUGAUGAGAUGAAGUGGGGGACAUGGGAAGGGAGUUGGGGGCACAAAGGCCUGCCCUUUUCAGGACUCCCAGAAGGCCAGUGUGGCUGGAAAGGAUCACGUUGGGAGCAGCAACCGAGUUGGACAGACGACCUGCCACUCUGCCACCUCUCUGGAGUGGGAUCAGCCUCCAACCGCAUCUACUCUGCUGAUGGCAAGGGCACCGAGAGCCACCCUCCAGAGGACAGCUGGCUCAAGUUCAGGAGUGAGAACAACUGCUUCCUCUAUGGGGUCUUCAAUGGCUACGAUGGCAACCGGGUGACCAACUUUGUUGCCCAGCGGCUGUCCGCAGAGCUCCUGCUCGGCCAGCUCAACGCCGAACACACCGAGGCUGAUGUGCGGCGGGUGCUGCUGCAGGCCUUUGAUGUGGUGGAGAGGAGCUUCCUGGAGUCUAUCGACGACACCCUGGCUGAGAAGGCCAGCCUCCAGUCCCAGCUGCCAGAGGGCGUACCUCAGCACCAGUUGCCUCCUCAGUAUCAGAAGAUCCUUGAGAGGCUCAAGGCGCUGGAGAGGGAGAUUUCAGGAGGAGCCAUGGCCGUGGUGGCCGUCCUUCUCAACAACAAACUCUACGUCGCCAAUGUAGGUACGAACCGGGCACUUCUGUGCAAAUCUACCGUGGACGGGUUGCAGGUGACCCAACUAAACGUGGACCACACCACAGAGAAUGAGGAUGAGCUCUUCCGCCUCUCGCAGCUGGGUUUGGACGCAGGAAAGAUCAAGCAAGUGGGGAUCAUCUGUGGGCAGGAGAGUACCAGGCGCAUUGGGGAUUAUAAAGUCAAGUACGGCUACACUGACAUUGACCUGCUCAGUGCUGCCAAGUCCAAACCCAUCAUCGCAGAGCCAGAAAUCCAUGGAGCACAGCCUCUGGAUGGGGUGACCGGCUUCCUGGUCCUGAUGUCUGAGGGGCUGUACAAGGCCCUGGAGGCCGCCCACGGGCCUGGCCAAGCCAAUCAGGAGAUUGCUGCAAUGAUUGACACUGAGUUCGCCAAGCAGACCUCCCUGGACGCAGUGGCCCAGGCUGUGGUAGACCGGGUGAAGCGCAUCCAUGGUGACACCUUCGCCAGUGGUGGGGAGCGUGCCAAGUUCUGCCCACGGCACGAGGACAUGACCCUGCUGGUGAGGAACUUUGGCUACCCGCUGGGUGAAAUGAGCCAACCCACACCAACCCAGGCCCCAGCUGCAGGGGGCCGCGUGUACCCCGUGUCCGUGCCCUACUCGAGUGCCCAGAGCACCAGCAAGACUAGCGUGACCCUCUCCCUCGUCAUGCCUUCCCAGGGCCAGAUGGUCAAUGGGGCCCACAGUGCUUCCACCCUGGACGAAGCCACUCCCACGCUCACCAACCAGAGCCCGACGCUGACCCUGCAGUCCACCAAUACGCAUACCCAGAGCAGCAGCUCCAGCUCCGACGGUGGCCUCUUCCGCUCCCGGCCUGCCCACUCUCUCCCGCCUGGUGAGGACGGCCGCGUGGAGCCCUACGUGGACUUUGCUGAAUUUUAUCGCCUUUGGAGCGUGGACCAUGUAAAGUCACACACGGUGGCGUCACAUGGUGCAGUGUUCCUGCUGGCAGUCUGUCCCACAUGACUCUCCCUGGGAGGUGGCUGCCUCCUGUCCUGCCCAGGAUGCUAAGGACCAAGCUAGCCAGGCUGGUAAGGGCAGGGAUGGGGUGGAGCCAGGGUCUUAGGGCUGACCCCUCCCACAGCUCCAGGGGAGACCCUCAUUCCCUGAGGCAGGUGAGAGCCUGGAAGCCCACUGCCAGCCCCAUCCCUUGACAGCAGCCUGGGGCUCCACUGGGGCCCUGGACUGGACCAGCCAGAGAGCAAGGUCCCCAGAGCCACUGCACGGCCCAGCUGAGGCAAGAGGGCACUGAGGGAGGCCCACAGCACCUGGGCCACCACUGGUUGCUGUGGCUUCCGGGCCUGGCCCCGGCCUCUGAGUGUCCUGAGUUGGCCAUCCACCAGGCUGCAGUGCAGGUUCCCAAGACACCCCUGCUGAUGGGGCACCUCCAUGGGUGGCUGUGGCAGGGGACAGGAGCAGGGACUCUGGCUGCCCUGAGUCACAAGGGAAGGCACAGGGGCUCUCCGCAUGCUGCCCCCUUCUCGUUCCCUCCUGUGGGAGGCCACCCGCCCACUCUGCUCAGUUUUCCUAGAAACUCACGAAUGUCACUUGCUCCUUUUUCUGUGUCAUCUCCCUUGUCCACUGUUAUCCAUUUUGUGAGGACAGCGACUUUGUGACCUUUACUCCACUGGGUCCAGCCCUAAGGCCCCUAGUGGGCCCUCUCACAGUGCUGAGGGACUCAGUGGACAAGUGAGUGGGAGGAGGACUCGUCCUGUGACCUGGGCCAGGGGCUCGCACUGAGCCUUGGCCUUGCCCUCUGUGAAGAUAGGAUCCGCUUGUUGAGAUUGGCCAGUGGCCCCAGGCGGUCCCCUCCCUACCUCUGCUGUCCUGCCCGCGUGGAGCCUGGUCCAGGACACGUCCCUAGAGGAACACUACCCACAGGCACAUGCUCAAACCUGGGGGAGGGGGGAAGGACAGCAGGCUUGAUGCCCCUGUGGCUGCUGGGACCCAGGGGCUGGGUGGUGGCUGUGGUUCUUGCCUCCUCUCAGCCGCAGACAGAGGCCGUGGCCAGGCCCCCUACUCCUCCUCAGGAGUCUUUGGUGAUGCUUCCUUCUGGGGACCUCUUGAAACCUGGGAGAACUCCGGUCACUGCCACUCAUGGUGGGCUCAGCACAAGCACACUCUGUUCCCACUCAAAGGUGACACCAGCCCAGAGCAGACCAGUGCUGGACAUUUCCUCGAGACUGGGUGGCCUCAUGAGGACAGACCGCCUGGCAGCCAGCCUUGAGCAGUGUUGACCCCAGCGCCUGGACCCCAUAACUGCCUUUGCAGACCCCACAGGUGUCGGAGGACCCUGGACUGUGGCUGUUGCCAGAUGCAGCCCUCUUGCCUUGUUCUCGGGUCACCAAGGGACCGGGGUAGGGCAGAGGCGGGCCUUCAGUGCCGUGGCUGGUUUCCACUCGCACCAGGAUGAAGGUCCUGCACUGUGGCCUCUCAGGCCAUCCCAGGGCCCACUUCUGAGCUCAGGCACCUCCGUGGCCCCAGCCUCUACCUCCAGCACCUGCUUUGCCGCUGGUCCUCCCCAGCCCCAGGACGACCACGGACAGGUGGGGAGCCACAGAGCAGGGCUCCAGAGCAUGGCUACAGGAAGGUCUUCACCCCAGGCCCCAGGGUUUGGGGGUCAGUAAUAUUAAAAUUCUCUCUCUUAAAAAAAAGAAGUUAGAUGUGUCCUCAUUUUGUUCUGUGAGGGGGGGUGCCGGGAAUUGGACCCCUAGGCAAGCACUCCCCUAGAGCUACGUCCCCAGCCCUUGUGGUUCAUUCUGAAUACGUGGAUUCUGUAAUUAAAUUCAUACUAUCCCUGUGUUAAUUUUA